GACCUGCAGGAUGCGGUGCAGCAGGAGGGCGUUGAGCUGCAGGAGCAGCGGGGAGACCGUCGGGAGCUGGAGGAGACCCUGGAGAAGCUGGAGCAGCACAGGGGGGAGCUGGAGGAGCAACUCAAACUGACCAGGCUGGAGUGUGUCCAGGAGAGCCAGCAGGUCAGACACACACAGAGAUGAAAGCUGCUAUGACUGCUGUUACUGAAUAAAACAUAACAAAUAACAGUUUUUAUGCGUAAUGCUCAUUUCUAUCAGUGAAUGUUUAUUGCAUGUUUUGUCAUUUUUAUGCAGUCAUCUGCUGUGAUGGUGAGACACUGAACAAUAAAGACAUUUACCAACCAUAGACAGACUUGGUUGGUUUGUGGUCAGUUCAGGCCUCUUCUCCAAUCUUCAAAUGAAUAAAGAUUAUAUUCAUCCAAAUUAUCCUUGCUACCCUUCACUGCUCCGAAGUUAGCGCCCUCUGACUCGGCUGUCUCCUCCUUUUCUCCUCCUCUGUCCCCUGUGCCUCCUCUUCCCAAUACAGAUCCUGUCCCUGCAGGCGGAGGAGGUGGCCAGGGAGAUGAAGGUGGAGGACUAUGAGCAGGAGCUGGCCAGGGCCAGGAGGAAACUCAAACAGCUGAAGAUGGAGGUCAGAACGGCCCAGGGGAAGGUGGAGGAGGCGGGUGAACGCACCAUUCCGCUGGAGGAGUCCAUCAGCCAAUCAUACGAUGAGAUUUUACAGGUGGGUGUUGAAGACUAAUCCCUUCCAUAUACUGUAUGUCACCCUCUGGCUAUGAACUCAAUUCAUUGUCCUUCAAAAUGACUGCUACAGAAGCACUGGAUUGAUGACAGCAUUGCGAUAGGCUAGUCUUUCAUGUAUCCAGUCAUUAAUCCAGUCCUGCAGUUAUAAAAAGGGACAGUGGUCACAAAAGACAGCAUACAUGCCCUGGGCUAUGGUCAUAAGGGAGAGCAUUCAAGCUUGAAAAGCCCAUUAAGAGAAUUGGACCACGGCCUCUGAUAUUUCCUGCCACUGUGUCUCCUGUUGUACUCCUCACAUGGCAGCUGGAAGCCUGGGAGGGUUAGCGAAUAAGAUAGUCUCGCUUGCCAGGCUUCUAGGGUUCUCCUAGAAUGCCAGGAUGCAGAGAGAAUAUGAGAAUAUAGUAUCAUAGGAGGCUGGUGAGGGGAGGAUUCCAUUCCAGCCAUUACAAUGAGCCCGCCCUCCCAACCGCCUGUGCAAUCAGACUAUAUGCGUGUGUGAUCGACUGGGGUUCAAACAAAGGUCUCAGUCAGACCAUCAGGUGAUGGUGGUAGUGAUUCUGUGUUAUUUCAGUCCCCUGCUGACAGGUGAUUACUGUGUAGCCUUCAUCAUGCCCCCAGUGUAUUGAUCUGUGUUGUCACGGUAGCUGCACCAUGCAGACGAGCUCCAACCCCCCCGUGGGACUGGAAGGGUGAAGAGGCUGGUCACAUCGAUCCGUUAUGUGUGCCAUUAAUCCUCCAUGUUGAUUUUUGCUCCUUUUAAUCAUACUGCGCCUUUAGAGAAAAGCCUUCAAGCUGUAAUAGACCAAUAUAUAAUAUCAGCUGGAUUUCUUUUGUUUGCUGAUGAUGUACCAGAGAUAAUCUUUAAACAGACAACAGUCAUCGGUUCAGAGAGUUCAAAAGGUCUAUGUUAUUGGAUAGACAAGCACAGUGUCUUUCAACAGCCGUGUGCCUGGCACUUAGGGCCAACCACUUACUUACUUGGCUUCCCUCUAUCUCUUCCUGUUCCGGGCAAAGCUAACACAUAUAUACACUUCCCUGAGAUGUAUCAUAUGUAUUUGACAAAUAGUGGCUUUCGUUGAUGUCUGCUGUGGACUAGGAGGAGCAGACGCUCAGUACACUGAGGGGGGAGCGGAUGGGAGAUGCAACACUGCCAGACCACCAGCAAGUGGAGUCAAACGACACAUCUCCCAGCAGCCUCAGGACAGAGGAUGGAACUCUGGACAUACCCGAUGUACCAGCCAGGUCAUGGGGCAGGAGCCAAUCACUGCCUGUCUAUGCUGAAAUCCUGGUAUGUGUCAUACAAAUGGGUUUAAAUCCGACAUAAUUUCCAUCAUAACCGUAAAGUUUGGGCGGCCUAUUCUCUCUUUUCACAGGCAAACCUUGGGUGCGCGGCUCGCGCUAAGGACGGAUUGUCUUAUACACAAGAAGAGGAGGAGGAGGAGGUGGAGACACCUACACCAAGCACACCAAAGGUAUGACUACCAACUCAGUAAAGUAUUGUAAACCAAUAAUCAUUUGGAGAGACUGGCGAAUUACUAAAUUAACCUUUCACUGCACUGGGCUGUAUAAGGGUCACACAGAGUGUUUCUUGGUAGUCUUAAACAAAUCUACUUUGAAACAAAAUUAUACACCUCACACACAUGGUUAUGGGCUUUAAAAAAAGAAGACACCUGCACCAUGUCAGAUAUAAAGUUGAAAUAUAUUCAAUUUUGAGUUUGCAUCCCAAUAUUACACUUUAUAUACAUUUACAUUUGACAUUUUAGUCAUUUAGCAGACGCUCUUAUCCAGAGCGACUUACAGUUAGUGAGUGCAUACAUUUUUUUCAUACUGGCCCCCCGUGGGAAACGAACCCACAACCCUGGCGUUGCAAGCGCCAUGCUCUACCAACUGAGCUACACGGGGCAUCACAGAAGACUGAACUAUAACAAUACUGUUUGACAUAGAAACACCUGAUCUUUUUAUUUAUUUAUUUAAAUAAUGUUGAUUAAUUAUGAAAUUAUGAAACAUAUUAAUAACAUUCCACCCAUGAGGCCACUAGGUCAUUUGAAUGCAGGGCUAUAGUGUAUGCUGGAUGUAUGAGGAAAAGUCCCUUCAUCUGUGAGAAAUGUUUAUCCUAUACCUCUUUAGCAGAUACAUAAGGGAAAAGAGGAAGAGAAAGUGGAGGAGGAAGAAAAUAUUUCCCAGACACGAUCCACCAGUAGCAUCGCAGUCGAAGAUCUAGACUUCUACCACCCCGACCCCUUCAUUCACUGUGAAUCUGAAUGUGAGCAUCUGUUCUCUGUUCCAUAUGCUUUGAUGAUGAUGAUGGUACGGAUGAAGAUGAUAACGGUGAAGAUGAUAAUGAAGAUGAUGGUGGUGAUGAUGAUGAUGGUGGUGGUUGUGGUGAUACUGAAGAUAAUGAUGCUUGUGAUUAUGAUGAUGAUGAUGGUGGUGGUGCUCAUUUUCUUUUUCCAGAUGACCUUUUCAAAGAUGAUAACCUCUUUGCCAAGACAUAUAAAUCUGGUGAGUGACAUUCAUAUAUAAAACUUUGAGAAUAUGAUUGAUUGAUUAUGAUGAUAUGCUACAGCAUUAUCCAGGCCUCUAAUUCUAUUGCGACUGAUCCUUUCUCCUAGAUGAUGACCCGUUCAAAGGCACGGACCCCUUCGCUGCAGACAUCCUCUUCCGAGAGGGGACAGAGGAGCCAUAUCCAUCCACUGACCCUUUCCCAGACACUACUGCCCGCCUGGAACCUGGAUCUAACGAGGUGACAGACAACAGCCUCUCCUGCGCUGAAAACAAAGCCUCUACCGGCACCCAGUGCUUUGAGUCAGAGUUCCCCGACGAGGAUGAAUCCAGUGACAUAGAAAUCAGUUACAGCAGGGAGGAUCUGGACACUGUUCACACGGACGCUGUUGAACUCUCCUUCGUUGAGCCCAAAACCUUGAUCAUGACCGAACGCUUGGGUUUCAAGCCCAUCUACGCAGCUCAAACCUGUUCUUUGGACACUGAAUUAGAUGACGUAGAUGAACGCGGCGUAGCUUCGGGACGCAAACCCUUCAGUGAAGCAUCCAGGGCCAACACCUGGGCUGCCGGGCCCAACUUCUCCACCGAAUCGGACCCCAAUGGAUACGAGUUUAACAUCAAUGCAGUAUCCCCACCUUCCGACAUAGAAGAGAUCGACAUCACUCUUGGAUCUAUACGGGUUGACUUUGACGUUGUGUGUGACUCUGUGGAACUCAGCUACCCUGUUGGGAUUCAGGCUUGUGACUCAGAACCUGCCGGAACAGGUGGAUGCGACCUUCCUGAACCCAGCCCUCCUGUGCCCACCCGCCCGGUCCGUCCACCUAGACGCCUCAAAGGGGGAGCGUCAGCUGACCUUGUAGAAGAGCCAGACACUCCCAAAGCUGAACGCUGUGAUCCAGGUUCUUCCAACCGCUCAGCUGAUUCAGAGCUGGACAGUGCUAUCGGGAUGGACCCUCUCACCAGCUCAGCUGAACACAACAGUAAAUUCAGCUUCAGCAACAACAGUCUCGAGCUGAACUAUGAACCCAGUUGUCAAACUUCUUACAACUAUGGAUUCAAACUCAGCCCCGAACACCACAGUGAAGAGAUUCUCGAUCCUUUUGGCACUGAACUAAGUGAUGAAGAAGCCGACAACCAAGCUUCAUUUGAUCCGUACGAAUUUGAGCCUACCGCUCAACCUGAGACCCAAGACGAGUUUGACCCUUACGAGUUUGGACAAACCUCUCAUGCCACCAACCAAGACACAUUUGACCCCUAUGGUUUCAAACUCGUACGUUUUGAGACUGACAACCAAGCUAUUGUCGACCUACACAGCGGCGAUGGUACCAACCUUAAAGACAACAAUAACAGAACCAAAAGGGACCCCUUUAGCUUUGAUUUCAGUAACGCAGCAUCAAUGGACCCCUAUAGUUCAGAACCCAGUAAUACUGCAACAAUGGACCUCCUAGGUCUGGAACUCAGCAGAGCCAACAGUGUUGCUGAGUCAGACUGUAACAAUCCUACAGCGUCUGACCCAUUAGGAACAGUACAAACCAUGGCAACUGGAAGCAACCUAUUAGACCUGGACCUUGUGUUUGGAAGCAGUAGUUAUGGUAACCCUGAGGUCGCCCCUGACCUCGACCCCUGUGAGCCUAGACCGGGAAACCCCGCUGGUCCAGACAACUUUGCGUUCAGAGCGAGAGACACCGCCCACUCUGAGUCUGUUUCUGACUGGAUGACUAUUAAGGUCAGUGGCUCUGUUGUUUGAUACUCUGGGAACAUGUGUGUACUGGAUGUGUGAGUGUGUUUACUGUAUGGUUGCGCAUGUGGUGUACUGUAAGCAGGGGUGUGUAGCUGUGCGUUCGUGUGCAAGAAAGGCGUGUGUGUGUGUGUGUGUGUGUGUGUGUGUUUGUUUGUGCAUGUGUGCAUAUUUGACUGUUUACGAUCCAGUGACAAUAACUUCAUUUGUAUUCUUGCCUCACAGACCAACUCCAGGGAGUCCUUGUCCUUCGGCCCAGUCAACCCCCGCACACGCAGCCUGGACAAAUGAACCAUUCCCUGGGAAGAAGUCACCAGUCUGGCCAGGAGUGUACUGCAGGAUAGCCCAACGAUGGGGAAGUAGAUGGAAAGAUAGGAGGUGAAGGAAGGAAUGAGAGAAAAAAGAGAGUGUCUCUUUUCACCAAGCUGGCAGGAUUCACCUUCACCCCUAGUCAUUGCAUUGAUUUAAAAAUGAUCGAUAUGUUCAUUGAAAAUCAUAAUUUCAUUGUUCUAAUCUAUGAGUUAUUAAUUGAUGAUGGUUGCUUUGCAGUUGUAAGGCGUUGGUUCAUUCUACACCCUGUUAUAGGUGCAAUAUAGUACUGAAUCUGGGUCCAGAUAUAGGUAGAGGUGAGAAUAUACAAUUCCACAUCCCUGAGACCUCAAAUGUAAGUUUAUUAUCCUGUUUAUCUUGAAACUCUUUAACCAUCCAUCCUUUAUCCAUCCUUUAUCAGAAAUAUAUGAGGUGUCAAGGGAUAGGGUAAAGGGUGGAGUGAAUAAUUUGGAAUUGAGCUUUCUGCAAAUACAACCAAUAAUAUUUGAUGGAGGUGAGCAAACCAGGUUGGUAGAAUGCAGGGUCUGAGCUUUUUUAUGUUUGAGCAUUAUGUGUCAACUGUAAAUUAAUAGUUGAAUCGUUUUUAAGUAAAG